AUGGAACGCUCUCUCUCAAGUGAGGAAAAAGAGGAGCUUGCAUGUAGUAAGAAGAAAGUAAAGGAUGUGGGCCAUGCUGGCUUCUGUGAAGGCCAUAGCACUGGUCCUGUGUCACCAAAUCACGAUGAGGGAGCGUGGAAUCCAAAUACUUCGUUUAGAGAUAAGUUGGUGGGAGAAAUUCCAGGGGUGUUCUCACAAGCUUUUAGCUUCGAGGAUGGUAUAGAUGAUGAUGUUGAGUCAGAUGAGGAGGUGGAAACGCUCCGGCAAGGGCUGUUAUUGCGAAAACUCCUUGCUUUAUGGAAACCUGCAGGUAGAUUAGACUGUGUUGACUUGGGUCAUGGUUUCUUCCUCACGAGGCUGUCUUUAGGAGAAGACUAUGAGAAUGUUUUGAGAAAAGGCUCGUGGUUCAUUGGAGACCAUUUUCUUUCUAUCAGACCAUGGGGACCGAAUUUUAAGCCUGCUUUAGCAAGUGUAUCAUCCAUUGCGGUAUGGGUUAGAUUAAACGAGCUCCCCAUUGAGUACUACAAUGCAGAGGCGUUGCAAAUUAUUGGGAAAGCUAUCGGUAACGUUCUGAGAAUCGACACAUUCACGGCGUCUGAAACUAGAGUGAGGUUUGCUAGGAUUUGUGUGCAAGUGGAUGUGGGAAAGCCUCUGGCUAUUGCGAUUAUGAUAGGGAGACUUGAACAACAGAUAUGUUACGAAGGAAUUCAUAAAAUGUGUUUUGGGUGUGGUCGAUUAGGGCAUAAGAAGGAGCAAUGCCCAUACAUUAUCCGGCAAGAACCAAUGGCCUCGGAGAUGGGGGUGAAGGAAGGUGGUGAGACAGUUUCAAGUUCACGCCAAACUCAUGCCUCUGACAUGUUGAGGAGCGGGGAGGGGACCAGCGCUAUAUUGGUUGGGUCAGAGUAG